AUGUCUGCCGAACCAGGACCAUAUGAACCAAAGAAUAUCCUCAUAACUGGAGCGGCUGGUUUCAUAGCCUGUCAUGUCACGGCCAGGCUAAUCCAAAAGUACCCCUCGUACAACAUCAUAGCUCUUGAUAAGUUAGAUUAUUGCUCUACUUUCAAGAAUCUCAGGUCAUGUUCUACAUCACCAAACUUCAAAUUCAUCAAGGCUGACAUAGCCAGUGUUGAUAUUGUGAAUUACCUAAUUAUCAAAGAGAAAAUAGACACUGUCAUGCACUUUGCUGCUCAAACCCAUGUGGAUAAUUCGUUUGGGAACUCCAUGGAUUUCACUUACAAUAACAUAUACGGCACCCAUGUGCUUCUUGAGGCCUGCAGGGUUACCAACUGCAUAAGAAGGUUCAUCCAUGUCAGUACUGAUGAAGUUUAUGGUGAGACUGGCUUGGACACCGACAUUGGCAAUCACGAGGCGUCCAGGCUUCUUCCCACCAAUCCAUACUCAGCAACAAAAGCAGGAGCAGAAAUGCUGCUAAAAGCUUAUCAUAGGUCUUAUGGUCUUCCUGUUAUAACAACUAGGGGCAAUAAUGUGUAUGGUCCCAAACAGUACCCUGAAAAGCUUAUCCCAAAAUUCAUUCUUUUGGCCAUGAAAGGUGAGAAAUUGCCAAUCCAUGGGAAUGGAUCAAAUGUGAGGAGCUAUCUCUAUUGUGAGGAUGUUGCAGAAGCAUUUGAUGUCAUACUUCACAAAGGAGUGAUUGGACAUGUUUAUAAUAUAGGUACUAAAAAGGAAAGGAGUGUGCUAGAUAUUGCAGAGGAGAUAUGCAAGUUCUUUCAACUGAAUCCUCAACAAGUCAUAGAGCAUGUUAGAGACAGGCCUUUCAAUGACAAGAGAUACUUUCUGGAUGAUCAAAAGCUCAAGAAGUUAGGGUGGGAGGAGAAAACUUCUUGGGAGGAAGGAAUUAAGAUGACCAUAGAUUGGUACCAAAAAAACCCCGAUUGGUGGGGUGAUGUGUCUGCUGCUUUGAACCCACAUCCGCGUUUCUCUGCAAUCAAUCUCUCUGAUGAACCAGCAUGGUCCUUCCAAUAUGGAUUUGCAAGACUGGCAAGGUCAUACACUGACAUUACUCGCAAUUCAGACGUGAAAUUCCUGAUAUAUGGCAAGACUGGUUGGAUAGGGGGUUUAUUAGGAAAGCUUUGUAAUGAAGAGAGAAUAGCUUGGGAAUAUGGAAGUGGAAGACUGGAAGAUAGAACAACACUUUUAGACGAUAUAAGAAGAGUAACGCCUACCCAUGUGCUAAGUGCAGCAGGAGUCACUGGCAGACCAAAUGUUGAUUGGUGUGAAUCACAUAAAGUUGAAACGAUAAGGACUAAUGUGGUGGGCACUAUAACUUUGGCUGAUGUUUGCAAGGAACAGGGUUUAUAUUUGAUGAACUUUGCAACUGGCUGCAUAUUUGAGUAUGAUGAGAAGCAUCCUCUAGGAUCAGGCAUUGGCUUCAAGGAGGAGGACAAGCCAAAUUUUACUGGUUCCUACUAUUCAAAAACCAAGGCUAUGGUAGAAGAUCUCCUAAAAAAUUAUGAGAAUGUGUGCACACUCAGAGUUAGAAUGCCAAUAUCAUCAGAUCUUAGCAACCCAAGAAACUUUAUCACAAAGAUUACUCGCUACAGGAAGGUGGUGAACAUACCAAAUAGUAUGACGGUGCUAGAUGAGCUUCUACCCAUAGCAAUUAGGAUGGCCCAGAAGAACUUACGAGGAAUAUGGAACUUCACCAACCCAGGAGUGAUAAGUCAUAAUCAAAUAUUAGAAUUGUACAGAGAUUACAUAGAUCCCCAGUUUAAAUGGGAAAAUUUUACUUUGGAGGAACAGGCAAAGGUGAUAGUUGCUCCCAGGAGUAACAACGAAAUGGACGCAUCAAAGCUCAAGCAGGAAUUCCCGGGUCUAUUGCCCAUCAAAGAUUCCAUUAUGAAGUAUGUUUUUGAGCCCAACAAGAAAACAUGA